UGAACGAAACCACGGCAGUGUACCUGUGAUUGGUCGAUCCUGACUCUAUGAAGGGAGACGAAAACCACCCUCUCUUAUUUUGCUGCAAGAGAACCUCAGAAUCGUGAGGAAAUCCGUGAGGAAAACAUCUAUUACUAAUCUUACCUCAACAAAAUAAGGAAAAAUUCUCUUCUUUUCCCAAGUGGAAAUUUUCAUCUUUCCACUGAAAGAAAAAAUUGGUUAAAUAGAAUUUUACAUUUUUUUUUUAAAUCGUUCCUAACAAGUGAUUUUAUAAUGUGCGGCUGAUGAAAGAGUUUUUUUUUUCUUGUUAUGAAAAAACUUUUUUCUAACUGAGAAAAAAUAGUGGAAACAAAAUCAGAAAGAAAAAUUAAGCAGAAAUAAACUGUGGGGCAAAAAAGGAUCGAUGACAAGUGAUCGAGCGAUGAUUGUGAAGAGAUCAAGUGACGUAAGAUGAGUAGUAAUAAAAAGUCCACGGUAAAGGACGAGAAAAAGAGUUCUUCGAGUAAAGAGGAGAGUCCGGCGGGAGCAAAAGAAGAUGGUGGUUCUGGAUCAACAGGAAGUAAUGGAGCGGUUAGUGGUGAGCCAUCGCAACCCGGAAGUAAACCAGGUUCUGCGGGUGCAACCACAAGAGAGGCGUCGCAAAGACUUUUGGGUCUUGCAUCCAGAGGAGAAUGGUCUCCCGUGGACCAGUUGCUCAAAUCUUUGGAGAAGGCGGCACAAAAUGCGGGCGAAGAUGGGAAUCCGCAACCGCUAUCCGGUGUUUUGGACACGGCAACUGGAAUGACGCCAUUAAUGUAUGCCGUAAAGGAUAAUCGUACUGCAUUUUUAGAUAGAAUGAUUGAUCUUGGCGCCGAUAUUGGAGCUAGAAAUAAUGAUAAUUAUAAUGCACUUCACAUUGCGGCUAUGUAUUCAAGAGAAGAUGUCGUCAAGUUACUUUUAUCGAAAAAGGGUGUCGAUCCUUACGUAACUGGCGGUCCAAGACAUCAAACGGCUGUACAUCUUGUAGCUUCGAGACAAACGGGAACUGCAACUUCGAUACUUAGAGCUUUAUUAGGAGCUGCAGGACGAGAUAUAAGACUUAAAGUCGACGGCCGUGGCAAGAUUCCUCUUCUUCUGGCAGUUGAAGCUGGUAAUCAAUCCAUGUGUCGAGAACUUUUAGCCCAACAGGCAUCAGACCAACUUCGCGCCACAACACCCGCUGGUGAUUCCGCACUACAUUUAGCAGCUAGAAGAAGAGACGUCGAUAUGGUGCGAAUUCUUGUCGACUAUGGUGCCACUGUGGACAUGCAGAAUGGAGAAGGUCAAACGGCCCUUCACAUUGCAAGUGCCGAAGGUGAUGAGACACUGGUAAAAUAUUUCUAUGGUGUUAGGGCUUCCGCUGCGAUAACCGAUCAUCAGGAUCGUACACCAAUGCACUUGGCUGCUGAAAACGGUCAUGCUUCAAUUAUCGAAUUGCUCGCUGAUAAAUUUAAGGCGAGUAUUUUCGAGAGGACCAAGGACGGUUCUACCUUGAUGCACAUUGCAUCAUUGAAUGGUCAUUCCGAAUGUGCCACCAUGUUGUUCAAAAAGGGUGUCUACCUUCACAUGCCGAAUAAACGAGGCGCCAGGUCAAUUCACACUGCUGCUAAAUACGGACAUGUGGGAAUUAUCAGUACUUUACUUCAACGUGGAGAAAAGGUGGAUGCGACUACAAAUGAUAAUUACACUGCAUUGCACAUCGCUGUGGAAAGCGCAAAACCUGCCGUUGUCGAGACUCUCUUGGGUUACGGUGCAGAGGUGCACGUCAGAGGUGGAAAGCUUCGUGAGACGCCACUUCACAUAGCUGCCAGAGUCCCUGAUGGCGACAGGUGUGCUUUAAUGUUGCUCAAAUCUGGUGCCGGUCCAAAUUUGAUAACAGACGAUGGACAAACACCGGUACAUGUUGCAGCCAGCCAUGGAAAUUUGGCUACACUCAAACUCCUCCUGGAUGACGGUGGCGAUCCCAUGUUCAAAUCGAAAAGUGGAGAAACGCCGUUACAUUUGGCGUGCAGAGGAUGCAGAGCGGACGUUGUUAGGCAUUUGAUUGAAUUCGUGAAAGAGAAGAAGGGACAGGAGUUGUCGACAGCUUACGUGAAUAGUGUAACGAAUGAAGGAGCAAGCGCUCUGCAUUAUGCGGCUCAAAUAGAACCGCCGGAUGUGGGAACUCCUGGUGAUGACAGAGCGGUUAUUAGAGCACUUUUGGAAGGUAAUGCGGAUGUGUCUCUACAGACAAAGUUAGCUCAGGAAUCGGCAUUCCAUCACUGUGCCGUGGCGGGAAAUAACGAAGUACUGUCGGAAAUGAUUAGCAAUAUGUCAGCAACGGAGGUCCAAAAGGCUUUGAAUAGACAAAAUGCGGUUGGAUGGACGCCGUUACUAAUUGCAGCGCAUCGAGGACACAUGGAAUUGGUCACAAAUCUUCUGGCUAAUCACGCGAGGGUUGAUGUCUUCGAUCUGGAGGGUAGAUCGGCUCUUCAUUUAGCGUCCGAACAUGGCUAUCUUCAAGUCUGCGAUGCUCUUUUGGCGAAUAAAGCUUUCAUCAAUUCAAAAUCACGAGUUGGAAGAACUGCUCUUCAUCUUGCUGCGAUGAAUGGUUAUACUCAUUUGGUCCGUUUUUUGGUACAAGAUCACGCAGCGGCAAUAGACGUGCUAACACUCAAAAAACAGACUCCUCUUCAUUUGGCGGCUGGAGCUGGUCAGUUGGAGGUGUGCAAGCUGUUGCUUGAAUUGGGCGCCAGCAUAGACGCAACCGAUGACCAGGGCCAGAAGCCAAUACAUGCAGCUGCGAUGAACAACUACGCUGAAGUUGCUCAACUCUUUCUGCAGAGGCAUCCGAGUUUGGUGAUGGCAUGUACCAAGGAUGGUAAUACGUGUGCACAUAUUGCGGCAAUGCAAGGAAGUGUUCGGGUAAUUGAGGAAUUGAUGAAAUUCGAUAGACAGGGAGUUAUAUCGGCUAGGAAUAAAUUAACAGAGGCGACACCACUGCAAUUAGCAGCUGAAGGUGGUCAUGCCGAAGUUGUCAAGGCUUUAGUGAGAGCCGGUGCUUCUUGCGCUGAUGAGAACAGAGCUGGAUUUACGGCCGUUCAUCUUGCUGCUCAGCAUGGACAUGGACAAGUUUUAGAAGUUAUGCGGUCCUCCCAAUCGUUGAGAAUCUCAAGCAAGAAACUUGGGGUCACAGCUCUUCACGUUGCUGCCUAUUUUGGUCAAGCAGAUACGGUCAGAGAGUUACUGACCCACGUUCCUGGAACUGUAAAAUCUGAUCCCCCGACUGGAGGAUCAUUGGUCGGGGAGCUAGGCAGUGAAUCGGGAAUGACUCCCCUUCAUCUUGCUGCAUAUUCCGGAAAUGAAAAUGUCGUACGACUGCUUUUAAAUUCAGCAGGAGUUCAGGUGGAUGCGUCGACUGUUGAAAAUGGUUUUAAUCCUCUGCAUCUCGCAUGCUUUGGAGGACACAUCACUGUGGUUGGUCUGCUUCUGAGUAGAUCAGCGGAACUAUUGCACAGUGCUGAUCGUUACGGAAAGACGGGACUUCAUAUUGCGGCGACCCAUGGCCACUAUCAGAUGGUUGAGGUUCUUUUAGGUCAGGGGGCAGAGAUUAACGCCACGGAUAAAAAUGGAUGGACACCGUUGCAUUGUGCAGCGAGAGCUGGUUAUCUCGACGUUGUAAAACUCCUGGUCGAAAGUGGAGCUUCACCUAAAAGUGAAACGAAUCUCGGUAGUGCGCCCAUUUGGUUUGCAGCAUCCGAAGGUCAUAAUGAUGUUCUCAAAUAUCUGAUGGAGAAGGAGCAUGACACCUACGCUCUUAUGGAGGACAAGAGAUUUGUCUACAAUAUGAUGAUCUGCAGCAAGAGUCAUAAUAACAAGCCAAUUGAGGAGUUCGUUCUCGUUUCGCCAGCACCGGUGGACACAGCAGCGAAAUUGUCCAACAUCUAUAUGAAACUAUCGGAAAAGGAGAAGGAGAGAGCAAAAGAUUUAAUUGCUGCUGGUAAGCAGUGUGAAACAAUGGCCACUGAAUUAUUAGCACUGGCAGCUGGUGCCGAUUCGGCUGGGAGAAUUCUAACGUCAAUGGAUCGAAGAAAUGUGGAGUUUCUAGACGUUCUGAUUGAGAAUGAACAGAAGGAGGUGAUUGCACACACGGUAGUGCAACGUUAUCUUCAAGAAUUGUGGCAGGGUAGUCUCAAUUGGAAUGCAUUUCGGACAAUUUUACUCUUUAUUGCAUUCCUCGUUUGUCCACCAGUUUGGGUGGUUUUUGCUCUACCACUGGGCCACAAGUACAAUAAUGUGCCGAUUAUCAAAUUCAUGUCGUAUUUGACAUCACACAUUUAUUUAAUGGUAUUUUUAUUGUUAGUGGGUAUUACACCAAUUUAUCCGGUUGUUCGGGAGGCCCUCAUACCGUAUUGGUACGAAUGUUGCCUAUUGGUAAUGCUCUCUGGUUUAUUGCUCUUUGAGUUGACAAAUCCCAGCGAUAAAAGUGGUCUUGGUUGGAUAAAAUUGGCAGUACUUCUUUUUGGAAUUUUUGGCGUCGCCUUUCAUCUGUUGGGUUUUGUUAUUGUUAAACGACCCUAUUGGCCAACUUUACUCUACCUUAGAAAUCAGCUGUUUGCCUUAAGUUUUCUACUCGCUUGCGUACAAAUCCUGGACUUCCUUUCUUUUCACCAUCUCUUUGGACCAUGGGCGAUUAUUAUUGGUAAUCUCAUGAAGGACCUGGCAAGAUUUUUGGCCGUCUUGGCCAUAUUUGUCUUUGGAUUCUCCAUGCAUUUUGUCGCUCUCAAUCAAGCAUUCGAGAAUCAAUCCUGGGAGCAGGCGAGGGCUGAAGAUCGCAAAAGGAAAAACAACUUUUCAGAUGAAUUGACGAUGCCCGGUGUUACCGAGGUUUUAACGUCAUGGAUAAUGACGCCUCCACCUUCGUCACUAAGUCGUCGCUCCGGACGCUAUAAGAAAAAGAAUGAUUGUUGUGACGAAAGCUCCCGAGAUUGUAAGUUUAACAGGCUGACGAUGAUUAAUCGACACUCUGAAUGCAGGACUUGCUCCACCCUCGAUGUCGUAUCGUCUGUUAAAAAUAUGCAUUUUGACCGAUGUUCGCGCGUCUGUUAUUUGCCUGAAGCUAAAAACAAAAAUUACUGCCUGAAUAUUAAGAAAAUAAAACAAAAAAGAUUUACAUUUAUCCCGCAUCUCAUUCUUCAUUUUGCAUAUAUUAUAUAUUUUGCCUUAUUUUCAAAAAAAAAUUUUCUCCUUUUUAAAAUUUACCAAAAAUCAAAAAGAGAAAAAUUAUUUCUUUCCAUAAAUUUCGUUUACAGGAAUAAUUUUUAACUCAUUCGGCAUUUUUCUCAAUUCCCAGGUGUUCUUAAUGAAAAGAAAAAAAUUGUUCACAGCUCAACGCUCGAAUGCAGAAACGACCUGCGUUUUUUUGGAAUGUGUGUGCAUCUUUAAUGCUCGUACGACAUUAGCGCAUCGCUAUCAUGUCCUCUUAGCGCAUCUUCCAAAAACUGAAUAAGAAAUCAUUUCAUUUUUAGCAAAUCAAUUACUUAAUUAUCAAAAAAAAAGAAUGGUUUGCUGAAUUAAUAGUGUAGAUAAUAAAAUGAUACUAAAGUAAUUCAUUUGUUUCAAACGGUUCAUUUCUUCUUCCAGUAAAAAGGGUUCAAAUUACAUGUAUAAUGUACAUCAUACCCAUAACAUUUCGGAUUGUAAGCGCACUAUUCUUUUCAAUUGAUGAUCACUGCGUUUUUUUUUUGUUUCUUGUAAGUCCGAAUCAAUCGAUCGAAACAAAUGUCGAUUUUUGAUUUAACUAAUUCUGCAUGUGUUUGAAAUUUAUAUUUUGAGUGUUUUUGAAGCAAAAACAAAAAAAAGCAUCAGAAAAAAAGGGAAUGAAAAGAGGGAAUGUUACGUCUGGCGAAAUAGAUACAGACAAAAAAAGGAACGAGAGAAUGCGAGAGAGAAAGAUUGUUACUAUUGCAUGCAAUAACACCAGAAAAAAAGAAAGAUAUGCACCACUUUGCCAAAAAGAAACCAAUAAAAAAAUACUUCAACAGGAACGAUAAACACAACAAAAAGAAAUUUUCAGCAAUAGAAAACAAAAAUUCCCAAAAAAAGGAAGUGGUACUUGAAGAAAUGAUGCGCUGAAUGUUGCAUUUUGAUGAUUUACGCCUUAUAGUGGAAAAAACGACGAUUUUUCCUAUCGCGGAAUGAGCACGAAUUUUUUAUAAAUAUUUUUUGAGACUUUAUCAUUGAAUUUUGCUGUCGAGAAUAGCCAACGAUUGCAUUGCACGAAUCUACGAAAAAAAAUAUCUACUUAAUAAAAAAUGUGUGACGCACGCUCAUCGAUGUGUAACCAAAAAAAAAAAAACUACCAAAAAUGUUCUUCUGUUUGGCUUGCAUCGGCAUCAAAAAAAAUUUGUAUUCAACAGCCCAAAGCAUGGCAUAAACGUAGCAUGAGCAUGUUCUUUCGUAGAGAGUCAAAUUUCACAAAUAUGUUUUUCUAAAAU